GCGGCGCAGUGGGCCAUCUUCCUGUCGCAGCGUGUGGUGCUCUUCGUCCUCGCAGCCACCAGCGCCCUUGGCGCCAAGAGAGCCGGCGAUCUCAAGCAGAGCAGCGUGUAUCUGAAUCAGCUCAUGGCCUUUGCCACGAUCUCAACAGCGAUCAUGGCCGCCGUGAUGCAAACGCAGACCGCAAAGGACAUGAAGAGUGAUACAGUACACUUCUUGUUCAAUGCGACUAUGGCCGUUGCGGAGACCAGUUCUGGGCAAGGGUCCCUGGGCACUGCCUCCUCGCAGUGCCUCUUGUCCUACCUCGGCUACGGAAAGCGGGGCUCCCACCUGCUGGACGUGGCUGCGCGGCUGCACGGGGCCGUGGCAGCCGUGCUGGUUGCGCUGCUGUCCUUGGCGAAGGACAGCCGCGCUGCGCUCAUUGCAGGCCUCAACUGCUUCCUUCCGAGCAUCGCCGCCGACUUUGGGAAGUACUUGGUUUGCCAGGGGCCCAACAGCCGUUUCCGCCUGGAGCCAGACGAUGGCUCUGGAUUCCAGGGCCUGGAGUGCCCCUUCCUGCCCUCCGGCCCCAGGAUCCUGGGAGCCGCCCAGGUCCUAGGCGGGUUCGCGCUGUGCUUUGGCGCCGCGCUUUGGACAUGGCCUCCUGACCCCUUGCCGAGCCACGUGGUCUUCCUGACCAGCAAGUACAAGCCUGAGCAUGCCCUCUUCGAGACGGAGCGCUUGGUCAGGAAGAUGCUCCUGACCUUCAUCGGGGCCUUCCUUCCGAUCGCAUCCUCGCCUGCGCUGCAGAUGACUGGCUUAGGCGCAGUGAUCCUCACGUCGCUGCUCAGCUACACGGCUUUCCACCCUUACAACACGCCGGAAUGGAUUGAGAUCAUCCUGCUGUCCACGGCCAUGUACAUGAUCGUCAGCGUCUCCGGCUUGCCGCCUGCUGGCAAGCUCGCAAACGAGUUCCACUGGGGGCACUCCGUGCGCACGCAGCAGGCCAUCAUCAUCACCACCGCAGCGGUGGCAGGCAUAUCCAUGAGCGCCCGCGUUGUGACGGAGCUUCUCAAGGUUGCUGCGUGGGGCCAUGACGUUUUCGGAGCCCCGGUCCUGCUUGCGUCUUGGCAGCGCCUUGGAGCCUUCCAGCUAGCAAGGCUCAUGUCUGGAAAUGCCAAUGCUGAGGCAAACGCUUCUGAGCUGGAAGUGAAGGAUGUGCAGUCCAGAGGCCAGAUGAAGUCCUGGCUCAGCCACGAGCAAGCUGGUCUCCCGCCUUGCGACGACACGCUGCCGGUGGACGGCAGCAGCACGGUGGACUCGGCACUCACCUUGAGCGCCUGCACUUGGCGCGCGAGUGGGGUGCAGGUGACCCUGGGGGCGCCGCUGACCUUCCGAGGGGACUUGGUGCUCCAGGGCGAGCUGCAGAUCACAGGUGCAAAGGAGCUGGAUAGACCCUGCAUCACAGUGCUUGGGAACCUUACCCUCGUCGACGCCCGAGUCAGCUUCAUCGAUUGCGUGCAGAAGGACAAUGACAAGGAUGACACAAAGAAAGAGGCUUCUGGUCUCGAGAUGGAGAACGGAGGCGUUCUCUUCGUGCAGGAGGACCUGAGUGCCUUCAACAGCAGCAUCGCCUUCAAGAACUGCAGGGCAUAUUCAGGCAAAGGUGGCGGCCUGCAUGCGAAAAACUUCCUCCUAGAGCAGAGCAAGGCGGACUUCGACAACUGCACGGCUCCGCUGUCUGGAUACCGCGGCCGCGGCGGCGGCGCCUACAUCGAGGAGACCUUCCGCAUGAACGCCAACAGCUCCGCCACCUUCCGGGGCUGCUCUGCAAUGCAUGGCGGCGGCCUGCGUGCCAAAAGCUUCCACCUAGAGCAGAGCAAGGCGGAGUUCGACAGCUGCAAGGCCAAAUUUAACUACAUCGGCGGCGGUGGCGGCGCCUACAUCGAGGAGACCUUCCGCAUGAACGCGAACAGCUCCGCCACCUUCCGGGGCUGCUCUGGAGCACAUGGUGGCGGCCUGCGUGCCGAAAGCUUCCUCCUAGAGCAGAGCAAUGCGGACUUCGACAACUGCAGCGGCGGCGGCGCAGACGUCGUGGAGACCUUCCGCAUGAACGCGAACAGCUCCGCCACCUUCCGGGGCUGCUCUGAUAACCUCUUCUCCUUUGCAUGUGUCGAGCAGACGGAGACAACAUGUGCUGAUGCACGUUGCAACGUCGCAUGGGCGUGUUGGGCAAAUGCAUGCAGUUGCAGAGCGGAAGCUUGUGGCCUGUUGAAAGUUGCGUCAUGCCUGGUGGCCAUCGUGGUUGUGUGGGGGCAAUGGGAGACCCUCCAGGGUAUUGGGAUGCAUUGGGUGUUUGGGGACGUAAGGCAUCUUCCUGUCGCUCGGAGUUUUGUGGUGUUUUCCUUCUUUGAAGCUGGCGAAGGUGGCGGCCUGUUUGCCAAAAGCUUCCUCCUAGAGCAGAGCAAGGCGGACUUCGACAACUGCACAAGGUCUGGUGAGUCUGGCUUCGGUGGCGGCGCCAACAUCGAGGAGGCCUUCCGCAUGAACGCGAACAGCUCCGCCAGCUUCCGGGGCUGCUCUGCACGCGGUGGUGGCGGCCUGCGUGCCCAAAGCUUCCUCCUAGAACAGAGCAAGGCGGACUUCGACAACUGCACAGCGUCUGGCUUCGGUGGCGGCGCCCACAUCGAGGAGGCCUUCCUCCUGAACGCGAACGGCUCCGCCAGCUUCCGGGGCUGCUCCGCAGUCGGUGGUGGCGGCCUGCGUGCCCAAAGCUUCCUCCUAGAGCAGAGCAAGGCGGACUUCGACAACUGCACAGCGUCUGGCCACCGCGGCAGUGGCGGCGGCGCCUACGUCGAGGAGGCCUUCCGCAUAAACGCGAGCAGCUCCGCCAGCUUCCGGGGCUGCUCUGCACGCGAUGGUGGCGGCCUGCGUGCCCAAAGCUUCCUCCUAGAGCAGAGCAAGGCGGACUUCGACAACUGCACAGCGUCUGGCACCGACGGCGGCGGCGCCCGCAUCGAGAAGGCCUUCCGCAUGAACGUGAACAGCUCCGCGACCUUCCAGGGUUGCUUUGGACGACAUGGUGGCGGCCUGCAUGUCGAGAAUUUUCUCCAAGCGGCGGAGAGCACCGCAGAGUUCGACAACUGCACAGCGCAGGGAUUCGGAGGUGGCCUCUAUGCGAACAGCUACUUUCAAGCCGGCAACAGUUCCGCGCAAUUCGAGCGCUGUGUUGCGAAGCUCGGGGGCGGCCUGUGCACUUUUCAGCUCGCCAGCAACGGCUCCAUGCUCUUCGGGCGCUGUGAGGCGGACGAAGGUGGAGGCAUCUAUGUCGGAGAUGGCGGCAACGUGCACCACAAUGGCAAUCUGUCUUUUGAGGAAUGCAACGCCUGGAACUUCGGCGGCGGGAUAUCUUCGAAAGCGGGGACAGGACGCUUCCGCGAUCUGCUCUUCAAGCGCUGUACAGCUGGAGCUUUUGCUGCGGCAUUCACGGCGGGUGUGAACGAUGCCGAUGUGCAUGUCAAGGAGCUCUCGCUGCUGGAAAGCGGGGCAAGCAAUGUCAAGGAUAUCAUCGUCGCAGGUGCCUUGACAAUAGACUCCGCUGAGCUCCGCACAAGCUCAACAUUUGGCACAUACAUCUCGGCGCAGUCCCUCGUUCUGGCAGGCGUGAUGGACUGCACAAACACCACCACAUGUGUGUUCUACGCGAACACAACCCGAGCCACUGGAUUCCGCUGCCCAGUCGGGAUGGGUGUGGUGGAUCACGAAGCUCUGCACGACUUCGGCUGUCUGGCGUGCGAGCCGGGAACCACGCAGAUCUUCAACGGGAGCAACAGGUCAUGCAGCGCUUGCCCAGAUGGAGCACGCGAGUGCCUGGCAGGCCGCCUCAAGCUGGAGCCAGGGCUGAUGGUGGAGCAGACGAACGUGAGCCACACCCUCCACUGCCCGAGCGAGGCUGCCUGUCCCGGGGGCCAACUUCCUCAAGGAACUGCCAUGUGCGAAGCCGGCUACGAGGGCCGGGGUUGCGCCAACUGCCGCAAGGGCUUCGCGAUGGGAGACAGCAGCGUGCUUUCGUGCACAGCCUGCAGCGACGAGACCCGUGUGCAGGCGGCGCAGUGGGCCAUCUUCCUGUCGCAGCGCGUGGUGCUCUUCGUCUUGGCAGCCACAAGCGCCCUUGGAUCCAAGAGAGCCGGCGAUCUCAAGCAGAGCAGCGUGUAUUUGAAUCAGCUCAUGGCCUUUGCCACGAUCUCAACAGCGAUCAUGGCCGCCGUGAUGCAAACGCAGACCGCAAAGGACAUGAAGAGUGAUACAGUACACUUCUUAUUCAAUGCGACUAUGGCCGUUGCGGAGACCAGUUCUGGGCAAGGGUCCGUGGGCACUGCCUCCUCGCAGUGCCUCUUGUCCUACCUUGGCUAUGGAACGACCCUGUGGGGCUCCCACCUGCUGGACGUGGCCGUGGCAGCCGUGCUGGUUGCGCUGCUGUCCUUGGCGAAGGAUGGCCGCGCUGCGCUCAUUGCAGGCCUCAACUGCUUCCUGCCGAGCAUCGCCGCCGACUUCGGGAAGUACUUGGUUUGUUUCCGCCUGGAGCGAGACGAUGGCUCUGGAUUCCAGGGCCUAGAGUGCCCCUUCCUGCCAUCCGGCUCCCCGAUCGUCGGAGCUGCCCAGGUCCUAGGCGGGUUCGCGCUGUGCUUUGGCGCCGCGCUCUGGACAUGGCUGCGCCUCUCGAGGUCCACCGAGGACCCCUUGCCGAGCCACGUGGUCUUCCUGACCAGCAAGUACAAGCCUGAGCAUGCCCUCUUCGAGACGGAGCGUUUGGUCAGGAAGAUGCUCCUGACCUUCAUCGGUGCCUUCCUUCCGAUCGCAUCCUCGCCGGCGCUGCAGAUGACUGGCUUAGGCGCAGUGAUCCUCACAUCGCUGAUCAGCUACAUGGCCUUCAACCCCUACCACACGCCGGAAUGGAACCGGAUUGAGAUCAUCUUGCUGUCCACGGCCAUGUACAUGAUCGUCAGCGUCUCCGGCUUGCUUGCAAACGAGUUCCACUGGGGGCACUCCGUGCGCACGCAGCAGGCCAUCAUCAUCACCACUGCAGCGGUGGCAGGCGUUGCCAGCAUCUCCAUGAGCGCCCGCGUUGUGACGGAGCUCCUCAGGGAACACUUUCAAACUGCGAGGCAGGAGGGCAAGUGA